AUGGAGGAUUCGAGAUUGCUUAUCACUUUGGUUCUUGUAUUUGGAGUUAUAUUUCUGAAAAAAUUCUUCCAAAGUAAUCAGCAUCCCUCAGCACAACGCUUAUCCGCAACGGGUGUAAACGCACACGGAGGUCCCCAAGGCCCCACACAGAAUGCCUUGAGAAGGACUGGUAGAGUCAAUGGAGGUCAUCCCGUGACUGCUCAGAUGGUAGAAACAGUGCAAAAUCUUGCACCUAACUUGCAUCCCGAGCAAAUUAGAUAUAGUUUGGAAAACACAGGCUCAGUGGAGGAAACGGUGGAAAGGUACCUGCGUGGUGAUGAAUUGAGUUUCCCACCUGGGUUUGAGCCAUCCAGAGCGCCAAUGGGAGCCAAUGCGGCUGCUAAUAAUAACAUUGCUGGUGGUGGGGAAUUCAACGACCCUAGAAAGAAGAAUAUGAUUUGUGCUGAGAACCUGCUUGAUAAAUUCCAUGUCGACCCCAAUGAAGAUAUGAGUAACUUAAGCUUUAAGGAUUUAGACAUAGAAGAGAGAAAGAAAUUGUUGGUUUGGCAAGCCAGGAAGAAUUUAGAGACAAAAUUGCAAAAUGAUAAAGAUUUGCAAAGUUUGCUGUCUUGA